AUGCCUGGCAUCUUGCCGCCGAUGAACCAGGUCCGCGACAGGGUGGGCGUCUGGCUGGGCGCCAAGCCGCGGUCCGCCGGGGUCCUGCCGCCCGGCCCGCCCGAGUCCGUGGGCCCUGCGGACUUCGCCCCCAGGAUCGGGCAGGGCAGCACCACGCCUGCCGCGCCCGCCCACGGGCCCGGCCAGCUGGGCCAGCCGCCCCAGGGCGGCGGCCAGCAGGCCGCCGCGGACUACGCGCAGAGGAGACGGUGCCCUUCCCACCAGCGUGGCCCGCGCAGGGCGGCGUCCCGGGCAGUGCCGCCCCCGGCGGCCUGGAGACCACCGGCCGCCCACGCCUGGGGCGAUGGCCGACCCGGGCGGGCCGGCCGACCCGCAGAUGGCGGUGCACUACCAGCAAGUGCCCACGAACGCCGGGGGAGGACGCACAUCCACCAGCAGCCCCAGCUCGUGUCUGGCCACGUGGUCUACGGCGGCGUGCAAGGGGGCGACACCCACAUCACGCAGCAUUAUUCGACGACGCAGCAGAAUAACCAGACGACGCAGCAGAAUUACAAUGUGACGCAGAAUGUCAAUGCGACGCAGAAUUUCAACACGACGCUGUCGACGCAGAACUUCAACGCGACGCAGAAUUACAACGUGACGCAGAAUCCCCAGACAAUGCAGCCGCCUGGCAGUGUGGGCGACAGGCCAGUGAUCGAGAGGAUCGUAGAGGUCGACAGGCCGCUCAUCACAGAACGGGUGACCGUGGUUGAGAAGCCCGUCGACAGAAUCGUGGAGGUGGAGAAGAUUGUGGAGAAGCCUAUCUACAUCAAGGAGAGACGCAACCCAUCUACAUGA